AUCAACCAAUGAUUGUGUGCAAUGUCAUCAACUGUGCAGUCUAGCAACAGAUUAUAGCCUGGUUGACAGGCGACCCACAUGACUAUACACAAUUCAAGAAUUUAGAGUGAGGCUGGUGUUAGCAGGACUAGCACCAGAUCGCUAUAGCAUAUGAUGUGAUUACCUGAUCCGCAAAAUACCUAUCCAGGGGUUGUAAGAUCUGGCAUGCAUUCGCAAAGUCUGAUUAGGGGAACACGACUGUAUGAGACGCAUUCCUCUGCCUCGGUUUUGCUGAGGCAUUCCAGAUAUUACAACAACGCCUGGAUAGGUAUUUUACGUAAUUCCGGAAACAUUUCUCAGGUCUGUGUAACAGUGGGGACGUAUUUAGUAGUUACACCAUGGAGCCCUGCUCUGAAAACGUGAAAGCUGUCAGGAGAAGUAAAGAGGAGAAGAAACUUAUCCGAAAGCAAAUCAAAGCCAGUCAUAUUUUACUGAAACAUGAGGGUAUAAGCACAGUAUCACAGCCCACCAAGAGCCUGGUGGUGGCUAACGGUGGCCUAGGUAACGGUGUGAGCCGUGAGCAGCUCCAGGACGUGCUGGGAGAGGUCGGCGAGGUGGAAACCCUGGUUAUGCCCCCACACAAACCCUACGCCCUAGUGACCUACAGGUCAGAGGUCAGCGCCCAGAGAGGACACGCCCUCAACGGACGACAGCUGCAGUGUGGGGACCAGAUUGUCACUCUGUACCUGAGCUAUGUCAACACAGUGGACAGUGAGUUGUGGGGGUGUGUGGACUUCCCCCCAGGGUUGGUGCUGGUUGAGGAGUUUGUGUCUCCAGAGGAAGAGGCUCUCCUGCUGGAUGCUAUAGACUGGACGUCCCACGAUGAGAAUGUCACUGUGCAGAAAGUCCUGAAGCACAGGAGAGUGAAGCAUUUUGGUUACGAGUUUCGCUAUGACAACAACAACGUGGACAAAGACAAACCGUUACCUGGAGGUCUUCCCCAGGUGUGUGUCCCUGUGCUGGAGAGGUGUGUGAGGGACAGACACACAGAAGUCAUGCCAGACCAGCUGACUGUGAACCAGUACCAGUCUGGACAAGGUAUUCCUCCUCAUGUGGACACUCACUCUGCCUUUGAAGACCUCAUCCUCUCCCUAAGCCUGGGUGCUAAGACGGUGAUGGAUUUUCGUCAUCCUGAAGGCCGCUCGGUUGCCGUAGUGUUGCCAGAGCGCAGUCUCCUGGUGAUGAAGGGCGAGAGCAGAUACCUAUGGACCCAUGGGAUAACCCCCAGGAAGUUUGAUGUGGUGCCAGCCUGUGACCCAAAAUCCCCUGCUGCAGUGACCUCUGACCUCAGUAACCAUAGUAACCUCACCCUAAGUAGGAGGGGCACCAGGACCUCUCUCACCUUCCGUAAGGUGCGCCGCACACCAUGUGACUGUGGUUACCCCUCGGCCUGUGACAGCCAGCAGCCUACUGCCCCUCCCUCGCCCCCCUCCCUCCCUCGCAGCCAGACUGACGCAUGCCGUCUGGAGGCGGAGUUUGUGCACCGCGUGUACGAGGAGAUCGCUUGUCACUUCAGCAGCACUCGACACUCCCCCUGGCCACGCGUGUGUCACUUCCUGUCUUCCCUAGAACCAGGAAGCAUUCUUGCUGAUGUGGGCUGUGGGAACGGAAAGUACCUGGGCGUCAACCCUGAAGUGAUUGCGGUGGGCUGUGACCGUAGCAGUGCUCUGGUCCAGAUCUGCUCUGAAAGAGGCUUCCAGGCCUUUGUGUCAGAUGCCCUCAAUGUACCUCUACGCAGUGACACCUGUGAUGCCUGCAUCUCUAUUGCAGUCAUACACCACCUCUCCACACAGAAGCGGAGGCAGGCUGUGGUUGAGGAACUUGUUCGACUACUGAGGCCUGGAGGACGGGCUCUGAUCUAUGUGUGGGCUGUGGAACAGGAAUAUAACAAGCAGAAGUCCAAAUAUCUCAAAGAGACCAGACAACAGGGUCCUACAGGCGACUCCACGGACCACAGCAACCAGGAGUCAAAGAGUCUUACUGGCAAUGCCACAGACGCCCACAACCCGGCACAGGAUCUUUCAGGCAAUGCCACAGACGCCCACAACACAGCACAGGAUCUUUCAGGCAUAGCCACAGACGCCCACAACACAGCACAGGAUCUUUCAGGCAUAGCCACAGACGCCCACAACACAGCACAGGAUCUUUCAGGCAUAGCCACAGACGCCCACAACACAGCACAGGAACUUUCAGGCAUAGCCACAGACGCCCACAACACAGCACAGGAACUUUCAGGCAUAGCCACAGACGCCCACAACACAGCACAGGAACUUUCAGGCAUAGCCACAGACGGCACCAAGGUCCACCGUGAGACAGAGAGUCCAGCAAAACUGAGCGUUCACACCAACCGCACUGCCUUCAACUCCCAGGACCUUCUGGUGCCCUGGCACUUCAAGGGUGGAGGGAGAGGAGGGUGUAACCAGGGGAGCGGAGGGGAUGAACAGGGGGAACAAGGCUCCAAAAAUACUUUAGACCUCCACACUGAAGCCCAGGCCCCUGUCCCCAAUACUGCUCCCAGCCAAGUGUUUCACCGCUACUACCAUGUGUUCCAGAAGGGGGAGCUAGAGGAGCUGUGUGUCAGGGUUAGAGGGGUGACCAUUCAGAGAAGCUACCACGACCAGGGGAACUGGUGUGUCAUACUGGAGAAAACUGGAGACAGAUAAACAAACACUUUCAACGUUUUUGUAAAUGUGCUCCUGAACUGAUAAACAUUGAAUUCGGAAAUAAAUUAGCUUUUCGCCUCAUCAGAUAAAGAUGAGACAAUUAUACGAACCAAUUAACCGUUUUAUUAUCUCUGAUUUAUUGUAAAUAAUAAAGAUUGAAAAACAAAAUGUCCUUCAAAUUAA